CUUAAAAAGUAACAUAAAAUAGGCGUGUGAUUAAUUAAGGAAAUUCUUGAUUCAUUGUCAGUAAGAAAUCAAUAUGUCUAGUCGACAGCGCCUCUUCGCACUAUUUCUUCUAAUUACUUCUGGCAUUGCGCUCGAUUGUAACAAGGAAAACGAAGAAUAUAGAUGCGGUUCGGCAUGCCACACAGAAUGUUCCACUUUAGGUGAAAUGUGUCCAACUAUUAAUGUUCAAUGCUUCGAGGACUGUUACUGUAUUGAUGGCUUUGCAAAGGACGACGGAGGAAAUUGUAUACCGAUAAAGGAUUGUCCAUAAUCAUUAGAAACGAUUAUACUU